CCUGUAAUUGUACAAAUUUAGCCUCUUAAGAAACAAAUUUUAUUUCUCAUGUUGAGUAAAUGAGGCGACCUCAUUAAUUUUAGACAAAUUAUGACAAAAAAGACCCGCAAUGCUGUCCCUUUUUUUUUUUUUUUUUUUUUUUUUUUUUUUUUUUUUUAACAUUUGCUUUUUAUUUAAAUGCUAUUUAAUUGUUGACUGUUGUACAAAUAAGGACUGGUACUCCUCAACAUCUUCUUCUUUCUUCAACCUUCCCCUUCUUCCAAUCUCCAGAAAUUUCCUUCGCUGCUUUCAAAUUCAGCACUAUCAGUAUAAUUAGGGUUCCAUAUUCUAACCUUUGAUUUCUGCUACCUGCUUUUCAAUGGAAGACGAACCAGUUAUAUGGCAAUCAGAAUCCAAUUCAAUAACCUCUUCAAUGGUUGGUCGAGUGAUGAACACGCUGCUUACCUCUCGACCGAAGAAGCUUGAAGACGCCAUUUUUAAACUCGGCGAAGCUCCAAAAUCAACUUUUGCUGUUACACUAGAUGAAUCUCUGCGCGUUUUGAAUAAGUAUGUGAGAGACGCUGUUGAUGAAGAAAAGCAAUUAGACGAAGUUCUUAUUCCUAUGAUUGAAAAUCUUUUGAGGUGCAAGGAGUCGAAGCAUCCCAAUCAGACAAUGAUUCUCUUGAACUGGCUCUUUCAAGAUGAAGCUCUUUUUUUGCCACUUGCAAAGGAUUUUGUCAAUAUUAUAUCAAGGAGGGAAGAUCGAUAUAUUGCACUUGGCUGGUGCAAGCUUGUACGCUCGCUUGUAAUGUAUGAUACAAAAAUGACAAGCUUUUCAAAGAAUGGUUUCAAAUUUAACCAUCAAGCUUUAUUGAAGAUCCUUUCAUCAAGUAUUGGACAUCUUUCAGUAAUGGUAAAAAACGGUAGUGUGUUGCAGGAUGGUUUUGAACUGCCAACUCGGCUUUCAGCAGCUGCUGCAGAUUGUAUAUUAGUUCUCACUGAAGCGUUGACCCAAAAACUAUUGGAGUCUGGCAAUUUAAAUGAAAAAGGAGCAUUUAAACCUAAUAAGCCAAUCAGCAUUUUUGAAGAGAAGCAGGUGGAACAAAAUAAUAUGUCAUUUGAAGCCUCCAUCAGCAUUGAUGGAAGAUUGUUGCUCUGGCAGAAUUUGGAUCAACUCAUUGUUCUUGUUCAGAAACUUCAGUCAUGGAGCCAAAAGAGUCGGACAUUACAUGCGAAAGGAUUAGGGAAAGUUCUUAAGUGGUUGCAGCAGAUAGAUGGUAAUAGCACUCGACUGGAGGAUCAUGAGUCAGCCUCUCAAUUUCAAACAACUGGAGUACUACUUCUCUCCUCUUGCUGGAAACAUUACAGUAUGCUAUCUCUUCUAGAAGACAUUCAGUUUUACCAACGUGUCAAUGAGUUAGUAGAACAGUAUUUAUCUGGAAUCGAGUUUUACUCAGAGAACAAUCUGAAGGAUUAUGUGGAAAACAAAGAUAGCUGUGUAGAGACAAUGAAGUUUUUCUUAAAUUGUUUGGCCCUUUUAUUGGGUCGUUUGGACCAAAAAUUUCGGGAAAGUACAACAUCUUUGUAUGGACAACGGAUUUCUCGUGCUCUUUUAUCACUGCUUCACUGUGCAGAUGAAGAUGUGGUAAAUGUUGCAGUUUGCAUCUUUAGGUUUGUUAUCCUUAAGAUUGCUGGAAGUAGUUUCAAUGAUCCAAUAGAUUGCAAGGAGUUCUUAAUGCCACUGCUGGGCCUUCUGGAUGAGCGCGAUGGUGCUUCCAGAGCUGUCACUGCUCUCAUUGCUGAUUUUUGCUCAAUAAGUUCAGAUGAUUGGUGCCUUAAUGAAGUCCUUAAACGGUUAGCUUCUGGAAGCAUAGCUCAGAGGAGUAAUGCUGCUGAUGUCAUCUCCGAACUCAUCCGCUUGUCAUCAAACUCGACAAAAGUGACUGCCAGUUCAUUCUGGCCAGACAUAGCAAACCAACUUUUGGAUUGCCUCGGAGAUGAAGAUAAUUUAAUACGCUCCAAGGCAACAAGUUUGCUUCCACUUAUAGAUCCAUCUUUGGUGUUGCCUGCACUAGUCCGCAUUAUUUCUACGACUGAUGGGACUAUGAAAUCAGCCGCAAUCAAUGCAUUUGCCCAAGUUCUUAGGCUUUACAACACAAAGUUUGAGGUUAUCAGGAUGCUGCUCGACUCUUUAUGCGACCUCAACAAUAGAUACAAUCAUCAAGAGGGUUCUGGAGGCGUAAAGGAAGAAUCAUCAAAAUAUGACCCUGAUGAAGUAUUCAGGCUAAUUCCGGAGUGGUCAAAAGCCGUUCAAGAUUGGAACUUGUUGGUAGGGCCACUUGUAGACAAGAUGUUUUCUGAGCCAACAAAUGCAAUUCUUGUUAGAUUCUUAAGUUGUGUAAGUGAGCAUCUGGCAGACGCUGCAGACCUUGUCCUUGGGCGAAUUCUUGUACAAGUGCAGAAACAAGAAGAGAUGAUUGGAUCAAUACAUGCUACAGUAGAUAAAAAGACCUGUAAGAAUGAUGGCUCAGAUAUAGUGGAAAACAUGCUGUUUGAUCGCCUCUGCCCAUUACUUAUAAUUAAAGUGCUUCCUCUGCGGGUUUUCGAUGACUUCAACUGUAUGACUAUGUAUGGUCAGGCUUUAAAACAAUGUGUUGCAAAUGGUACAGAUAGUAUUGAUGUCUUUGAUUAUGAGUGUGUUGCCACUUUCCUCUUUAACAGGGCUUUUAGUCAGUCUGAAUAUGAAGAUGUGAGAAAACUUGCUGCUGAACUCUGCGGUCGCAUUCAUCCCCAAAUUCUCUUUCCUGUCGCUCAAUCUUAUUUGCAACGCACUGCUGAAAGUAAGGAUGCCAUGCAGAUAAAAUCUUGUCUGUUUGCUGUUUGCACCUCACUGUCGAUUAGAGGGUGGGACUCAGCUUCUCAUCCCGACGUAAGCAAGAUAAUAAGAACACUGCGAGCUGUUCUAUUGUGGCCUUCUGUGGAUGGGGAUGAAGUUUCCAAAGUACAACAUGGGUGCAUCGACUGUCUAGCCCUAAUUAUAUGCGCGGAAUUGCAAGCUCCAAAAACAGUGAGAGGCCCAGCUGAGAAGUCUGAUGCCCAGAACGCCUUAAUAAUCCAAACUUCUGGAGCUCUUAUCUCUGGAAGCUCUGUCCUUUCGUUUGUCAUUGAUAAUUUGACUAAGGAUAAUUAUGAAGCUGGUCUCCGCUCCAAACUAAUUGAAGAUACUGCACACGAGACUUGCAUAUCCAUCUCAUUUCGUUUGUGCAUGGCUAAUGUCGUCAUUAGUGCUUGCCAAAAAAUGCCAGAAUCUGUCAAAAACGCUUUUGCACGAAAGACCCUUCCACGUCUCAUUUCUUCAACUCAGGACAUAGAGAAUGCAGAGAUCAGAGCUGCUUGUGUUCAGGUCUUGUUUUCUGCUGCAUGUCAUUUAAAAUUGGGAAUUGUUCCUUAUGCACAUGAUCUUCUCAAGGUCUCACUCAGUUCUCUUAGAAAAGAAUCUGAACAGGAAAAAAUGGCAGGAGCCAAGCUGAUGGCAUCCCUUAUGGCCAGUGAUGAUGCGGUGAUCGAAAGAAUUUCAGGGCAAUUGCUUGAGGCAAGAUCCAUUUUGCUACAUGUAUCUACUUCUGAUCCUUCACCCCAGUUGAGACAAGUAUGCCAGAAACUUCUUGUAUGCUUGACUUCUCAAUAGAAAAAUUGCAUGAUAUGGAGUCUUUUUUCAGUAGUCCAUUCCUAUGCUGUUGCAAUACACCUGUAAAUAUCUUUUAUGUAUGAAGUUAAGGUUAUUGUCACUUUUUCCCUCUGUGUAGACAUGUAGUAUCUCGCCGAAAUGACAGGUAGGAUGUGUAAGCAAAUCUAUUCACCGAGACGUAAACCCUGUAAUUUUACAAGUUUUUGGCUCUGGAGGUGUCCGCCACCUAUGCCUCCACCAGUUGGUGAUCACUGCAGGUUAUCCACUCAUCCCUGACAAUACAACUCUAACCCACCUUCCCUUUACUGUUCAUAUAGGCUAUUUAACUCUGAAAAGAAAAAAAGGGAAAGAGACUUACUGCUGUCAUUAGGCCUUCUUGGACACCCACCAUUUAAUCUCACCACUGCCUUAGCCGCAACCUUCCAACCUCGUCAAACACUAGGUCGUCACUCGUCGGUGGUCAUUAUGGGUUCCAUUUCAGAUUACCCUUUAAUCAAUGGCUCUACUCCCUGCAUCCUCAUCUGGGUAAAGAGUUGAUACUUGAUAAAGGCAUAAUAUGCCUAACGAACAGUUGCUGGUGUCUUGAUAAAUCAUUGAAGUUUGAUUGGUUGCACCAUGUCGCUAUGUCAGCAUGGCAAUUUGCAUGCGACUUUGAGGAGAUAGAGAGGCAGACAAAACAAUGUCAUGUUUUGUUCAUUGUUUUUAAGAACAAUACAAAAGAGUUCGGGUGAUGAUGAGCUGAGCUCAAUCUUGGUGUAUCUUUGGCUUUAGCUUGCACAAACUCACGCUCAAGGUUGAAUUUGUCGGACUAAAUAUUCUAAGCUCGGUUUGGCUCUUAAUUCACAUCAGAUGGGAAGUUUUGAGUCAGGUGUGCUUGUUCUGAGUUUCUGACUGAUGUAAUAGUUGAAAAUUAAGCUCGACUCUUAACUUACUAAUCAUACUUGGAUAGGUGGAUGGUUUGGAUAAA